UUGCCGGAACGCAAGCAGCACGACUUCCUAAAUAACGUGAGCGUCAGUGCUUCGAUUACUCCGACACAAGUCGAAAAGCGAGUUCCGCAUCAGUGCCCGGAAUGUGGAAAACAACUGAGAAGCGUUGUCAGCUUGCGCCAGCAUCAUGUGCGAUAUCACAGCUCCGAAUCGCCCCACGUUUGCAGCGUUUGCUCCCAGAAAUGCGUAUACAGGAGCGAACUGAUCAAGCAUAUGCGAAUGCAUUCCGGGGAGCGACCGUUCAAAUGCAGCGUAUGCAAUGUAAGGUUCACGCGCAAUGAAGCUCGUAAGCGUCAUAUGCGAAAACAUACUGGUGAAAAGCCGUAUACCUGCGAAUUUUGUAACAGUAGCUUUUCUCGUAUUGAUCAUUUCAAAAAUCAUAAAAAGACUCAUUAUCGUCCAGCGGCGAUGUGAAU